CCAUAGUUUGGGAGAUGCUUCAUGAUGGAUAAAGCCAUUCGGCAUCCUAGUGAGGUUUUGUCUAAUCAAACUAUCUUAAAUAACAGCUAUUCUCAGUUUUUAAAUUUUGAUGCAUGUCAGCCUUCCUUUCCUGCAGUAUUCUUGCUUAUUACAGCUUACGCUUUAGUUACAAUAGUAGGGCUUUUUGGAAAUCUUUGCCUGAUUAUUAUAAUAAAGAGGCAGAAAGAAACUCAAAAUGUUACAAACAUCUUGAUUGCCAAUCUCUCUUUAUCGGAUGUCUUAAUCUGUAUUGUGUGCAUUCCUGUCACAGUUGCAUAUACCUUAAUGGACUACUGGAUAUUUGGGGAAGCUAUGUGUAAAAUAAGCUCUUUCAUACAAAGUAUAUCUGUCUCAGUCUCCAUUUUCUCCCUAGUACUGAUUGCUAUUGAGAGAUACCAGUUAAUUGUGAACCCACGUGGCUGGAAGCCUAAUAUUUCCCACGCGUACUGGGGAAUUAUUUUCAUCUGGGGGUUUUCCCUUAUAAUAUCCAUUCCUUUUUUAAUAUUUCACCAAUUAACUGAUGAACCCUUCAAACAACUAUCUUUCCAUAGUGACUUCUACAAGAACAAAGUUGCUUGCAUCGAAGCAUGGCCAUCUGUUAUGGAACGACUGAUUUUUACCACUAGUCUGUUGGUUUUCCAGUACUGCUUCCCACUGGUGUUUAUUUUUAUCUGCUAUCUCAAGAUAUUUGUACGUCUCCGGAAGAGACAUAGUAAAAUAGAUAGGAUGAGAGAGAAUGUGAGCAGACUAAGUGAAAACAAAAGGAUUAAUAUGAUGUUGAUAUCAAUUGUUGUGACCUUCGCAGCUUGCUGGUUGCCUCUCAAUAUAUUCAAUGUUGUUUUUGACUGGAACUAUGAGGCACUCAUGAACUGUAACCAUAAUCUAGCAUUUAUACUGUGCCACCUCGUGGCGAUGAUCUCAACUUGUAUCAAUCCCAUCUUUUACGGAUUUCUCAACAGGAAUUUUCAGAAGGAUUUGGUAGUAUUAGUUCACCGCUGCAGAUGCUCAGCAUCACAAGAGGAAUAUGAAAACAUCGCCCUUUCAACUCUGCAAACUGAUGUAUCUAAGGGAUCUCUAAAAUUAAAUACUGCCCCUGUGAAUAGCUAAAAUAAUCCAAGAGUAGUUGGAUUCCAGAAUUUUGUGUCUUACUGCAAGUGACCUUAUUUCGUAGGUCUUGUUCCUGUUACCGCUAAAGUGAGAGGCAGUUUUUGCCAUUUAGUUCAGGAAAAACAGGACCACGCUCCCAAAGGCACGCUGUUAGCAGACACUUUAUGACUGUAUUAAUACUAAUAAGCCACUUCCAAGAGUCUUAAAGAUCAAUAGCAAUGGAUUAUGAACAAUACUAACAUCUUACUCUCUUAAUCCACAGUUUUCAGGUCACUGAUGUAGUACCUUAGCACCAAUAAAAAUGUUUCCAUCUCAGCCUGUGACACAGCUGACCUGCCUAAACGCCUGGCUUUGCCCAGGAAACCAUGAAUUCCAUGGCACUCCCAACUUCAGCAGCCUUUUUACAGUUUUCUGGCCUUCUAAUUUUUCCACUCUACAUUCUUCUCAUCUCAGCUGUCGGGUUAUCCUGCACAAAAGCUUUUAGGCAGUUUACACUAGGGGAGGCCUUUAAGUUAUCCUAAGCCUCCACCAACACCUUCUUCUCAGCCCUUGCACAUCAUUUGCUUUGGUUUAAUACCAGUUCAGCCUAGAAACUGUACCUUCACCAGGAAGAAGGCUAGAACUAGUUUCUUUUUUCAAAUGAGACUAAUACAGGCCCCAUUUGAUGCAUUGCAAAUUCCACCCAGCUUGCCACUGUUGAAGAUGAAACAUGCUCUUAAUGUUUCUCCUAAUAGCAUCGUACUCUGCUCCGACUCACCAGUACGGAUUUCUUUGUUAUUCUCACCACUAGUCCUUCAAACAGGCUUUUUAGAACUGCCAUUAUCAAACAAACAUGCUAUGAAUUCAGAGCAACUCAUUUGUUUCAGCUGCUUGUACAGAUUAUGGGUUUCUCUUUGAACAGAAAAUUAGUUCUGUGCUUUAAUUUCAGAAAUAUCUUUCCCCACAUCGCUGCCCUAGCAAGAGGCUAUGCUUGAGACAGAUGCAGUCAUUUUUGCUGGACUGUUUGAAAAUAUUUUUUUGCAUAAUGCAGGGCAUGGAAGCCCAAAGGUGUAAUGCUGAAAACAAUUUCUCUCAAACUAAAAUAUAUUGAAAACCAUUUUCCAACUUGGUCAUAAAAAAUAACCAGAUAUAUUCUUCAUCUACUCUGUGAUGCCAACAUAAAUAAUCAGUUAUAAUUGUGGUUUAAAUAAGAUACUUAGAACACCUGAGUCCCACAACGCACCAUCUUAGGAGUUAACUUACUUUCUCUUGCUCAAAUUAUUUAAAUAUAAUGAGUUGUCUGUAUCACUAAAGCCUUUAUUCUUUUGUGUUCCAACAGCCUUGUUUAUUUCAGUACCUGUAUGUAAAAUUCCUUGUGAUUUAUUGUCUAAUUUUGACAGUUUGCUGGUAUCCCACCAAAGCAAAAAGAAUUAACAUGCAGAAUGCAACCAGCUCCUUGCACAAUGAAGCUUACCUUAAGGAUAUAAAAUUCUCUUGGACAGGGACCGUCAUUUGCUGCCUUCACCUGGCCCUAUAAAGAUUUAGGCAGGUCGUAGUUCCCUUGUUCUGCUUCUGCAGCCUGAGUGCCGGCUGUCAGCGGUAGCGCGGGGAGCUCGGUGAGCAGCGCCCUGCGAGCUCCGGCACAUUGGCUUCAUCGCUAAGCGCUUCCGGAUUCCCGCUGAGCGGCUGCAACCGGGGCCUGAUCCCACCGUAGUCAAAAGAGUAGGAACGGCAGAAUUAGUGACACGGCAGUCGAGGAUGUAAGCGACAGAUGUGGAUUAGCUGUGACAUAAUUCAAGAUUUUUUCUAAUUAGGUCAUAUAUAAUGCACGUGAAAUAGAGCGCACAGGUAAGCACAACCUAAACACCCACUUUGUGCAUCACAGAGAGAAAAACAGGAGACAGCUAAGUAUUUAGUAAAAGCUAAUGACCAGACUGUUGACAGGAUCCUAGUAUUAAUUAUUUCCAUUAAUUCCAACUCUCAGUCAAUUAAAUCACUGGGCUCUCUUUACUUUAUUGCUGAUAUAGAUCAUCUGCUUGUCCAGAGCAACAGGCAUUUAACCAGGUUUAAAGCAGUAAUUCAUAGUGAACGGCGCUGCUGACACGGCACGCAUAAUCAGAGUGGCUGGUACGUGCGUAUGGGGAAGGGGAGGCGAUCGAGUCUGUGCUGUUACACAGGUGCAGAUCCCAGGUAACUAAGUGAUUAAUUAUCCCCAUCUCACUUAACUGAGAGCAAAUCCGAUUCUAAAAUUUCACUUCUCUUGGAGAUUCCCAUACCCAUACAGCAAGCCAUUUCACACUGUUAUAAGAUCAUUAGACUAUUUAAACAAAUUACAGUAGCAUACCUGCUAAGGGCUAGACUAUCAGCUAGCUUUCUUGGAGAGUUUGGAACACAAACCUCUGUCACAGUCUUUCUUAAAUUUAAAUACACUCUUUACAGUGUCAGGGCCCAUGCU